GGUUGGAUAUAGGGAUCAGGGAUAUUUUAGGCUACAGGAAAGUCAAGAGUGAAGUCGAUGAGAGUACAGAAAGCGAUUUUAAGGAGACAGAAGAGGACAAAACCUUAGAACAACCAACAGCCUCAGAGAAUAGUAAUAGUAAUCAAUUACAACCUGUACUGACAGAAGAGGUAAGGAAAGAAACUACAAAUGAAUCUAAGGUGGGAGAAACUCCAAAGGAUCAAAAUGCCAAAUUAGAGAUCAGAGUCGAUGCUGACAGUAAUAAUAACGACACAGGUACUUCAGACAGCAGCAAGGAUAGUGUCCUACCUAAAGAUGCAGCAUCCAAGGUAGAUGAAAAAGAUAUGUCUCCUCAGACCAUGGAGAGUAUGGAGGGUAAAGAACAUCAGAUGCUCAAAUCUAUAGCUAAUGAGGGUGAGGAUAAUAACAGAGAGCCAGGAGAAGAAGAAAGUAAUCCUGCAAGCGGCACUGAUCAGGAUUUUUUUACCCAGUCUGACAUCAGUUUAGGGCCUGACGUGAGUAUUGUGGAUUUGAAUGUAAACUCCAGUGGACAAUCUGUAGGCGAUGGUGAGAAGGACAAACCAGGGGACGUGGUUGGGGUAGGGCCCGAGAUCCAAAAUCAGAUCGACAACACAGAAGAAUCCACUGAUACUUCUGUUACUGGUGCUGGAAGUGAUGGUCAUGAAGGUGAAGGAAACAAUGCAGAAACAGAUGUACUUCACAGAGAGGUUCCCAAGCCUCAGACUGAUGACUCAGCAGAAGAAAGUCGGGUUAGCAGUGGAGCUGGAGGAAGCUGUGGAAAGAGUCAGCCUUCUUUCUUAUCCUCAGGCACAGCUGAGGAGAGAAAUGAACCUACCUCCAACGAGGAUAACACUUUACCUGCGCACAGAGUAGAAACCAAUGUUGAUCAUUCUGAUUCACUUGCUAUGAUUGACGAUAACACAGAAAGAGAGACACGGCAGGGUGAGUUAGGAGAGGAGGGCAUCUCUCAGGAGUUUGGUUCAGCUCAUUCUACUAAUAGAAGUACUGAAACUAUGUAUGGCAAUGGCUCAGAGGAGGACAGAAGAACAUUUUCCACUAGUGAGAGCACAGGACAGAUGGACAACAAUGAGGACCAGGACUCUGUGUCUCCAGAUAUGCAGCAGGGGAGCACACAGAGUGAUGGUGAUGCACACGAGCUAGAGGAGACCGUAGAAGAAACUGAGACAGACGGUGAAAGCAACCUCCGGCCAGUUCAAACGGAGACAACAGAGUUACAGAAAGACAUGUUGAAUGAAAGUGGUCUCAAGCCAGCUAUAGGCCCUGAAACCGAGGAAGUGGAGGAGUCAAAGGAAGAGGAAAAGCUGGGGGGGGUAGAAGAGUUAAAGGAAGAGGGGACACAGCAGGACAUAAUGAAACAGGAAGUAAAGGAGAUAAAGGAAGAGGAGAAUCAGCAAGAAGUGAAGGAGACAAAGGAAGAAGAAAAACUGGGUGGGAUAGAAGAUGUAAAGAAAGAGGAGAAACAAAGGGAAGUGAAGGAGACAAAGAAAGAGGGAAAACAGGAAGUAAAGGAGAUAAAGGAAGACUGGAAACAGGAGGAGAUAGAAGAGUUAAAGGAAGGGGAGCAACAGCAGGGCGUAAAGGAGAUGAAGGAAGAGGGGAAAAAACAAGAAGUGGAGGAGACAAAGGAAUGGAGGAAACAGGAGGAGAUAGAAAAGUUAAAGGAAGAGAAGAAACAGGAAGUAAAAGAGAUAAAGGAAGAAGGGAAACAGGAGGAGGUGGACAAGUUAAAAGAAAAGAAGAAACAGGAGAAAGUGGAGGAGAUAAAAGAAGAGGACAACCAGGAGGAGGAAGAGGGAGAGCAGGGGGAGGAAGAAGAGUUAAAUGAAGAGGGGAAGAAAGUGGAGAUAAAGGAGGGGAGGAAGAAGGAAAUAGAGGGGUUAAAAGAAGAGGAGAAAAUUGAAGAGUUAAAGGAGGUUGAGAGAGAAAAUAAACAAGAGAAGAAAGAGGGUGAGGAAAAGCAAGUGCAGUCUCAUUUGGAGGUAUUAAUGGAAAACAGGAUCCACUCUUUAUCUCCCACUCAGAAAGCCAGUGAAAGCCCGGAGUCAGAGAGCAGCGGGAAAGAGACACACGGUGAGAACAGCCCACAGAUGGACGAAGAGAAGAGAGAGGGAGAAAACAAGAAACAGGAGGAAGUUAAGGAAAACCAGGAGACUGAGAAUUUGGAGGGUGAGAGGAGGACCAAAGGGAAAGAAGGGAGCCUUAAUUGUUCAAACAAGCUUUGUCCUCAUGCUAGUGAAGACAACUUUGUGGGGGUUGAUUCUGUAAAUAAGUCAAGCUCAAUAGGUGAAGGGACAAAGGAGACAGGGAAGCAGAAUCCAGUGACAGACAAUGAUCUAAUGCUAGCAGAUAGGAAAGGAGUGAGUCAGAUGGUACCAGUUGAUGACACGGAGAGAGAUAAGGAUGUAAGACAGGAGGAGGAAGAAAAAAAAGAUGAUGAUGCUAAGGCCGAGGAGGGGAAAGAAAAGCAGGUUGAGCAGAAAAACAAUGAUGUGCUACAUUCCGUGGUGAGUGACCAAAACAGCCUGCCUAAUCAAGUUUUACUUAGCCGGACAGCUGAGAACAAAGAUGAUGAUCAGUUAUAUUCCAGUGAGGCAGACAACACUGAGCUUUCUGACAACAACGUGAUCCCUCAGGGAGAUAAAACUAAGUCUGAAGACACUGAAACCAGCAGCAAAGGGAUUUCCACUGAGAAUGAAACUGAGCAAAUACACUCGGAUUAUAUGAUAGACACAGUGGAGAACACUGACAGGGAAGAGAGGGAGGUCAACGUAAAGCAUGAUGAUGUAAGGGUGAAUCAGGGCAGAGAUGUGAGUACAGGUGGUACUGUAUUCAAGACAGAGGAAGGAAUGGAGAAUUCCGUUUCGUCGAGUGACCCUGUUGAAAGCCAGGCUGUGAAAUCUCAACAAACUGCUCCUCGACAUCCAUCUGGUUCUUCACAUAUGUCAGAUGGCCACAAUAAAGGAGCAGCAGAGACUGGAAGUGCAGGAGCGUUCGGCCUUUUCAAAAACGCCUUUAGCUUUUUUAGCCAAACGCCUGUCACUGAAACUAAGGAAUCCCCGGAAUCUGCCCCAAUUUUGGAUUCGGACAAAGGUGAGACAUCUAAGGCACAAGCCUCUCUCCCUCCUGAGCCAGUACAGGAUUCAACCACUGAUUCAAGUCAGGUUCACAUGCAAGAUUUGCACACAGACUCUCCCAUCACCUUGUCACAACAGCAGCUGCAGCCUCUCUUUACAGAGACCCAGACAUCAUCUCCUGCCCCGACGCAGACCCGUUCUCAUCCCUCAGAAAGCUCCAUCCAAAAGAAAACCCUCACCAAACAUUACAAGAACCUUCUCACCUACAUGAGCGCGUAUGAGACAACUAUUAUGAUGGAGCUCUUUGGACGACACAAGCUGCAGUUUUUGGAUUACGUUUUAGGGAGCUCAGAAACCACGACCGAUGACCCCGAUAAUGACGAAUCGAUAUUGUUGGAUAUAGAAAGGCUUCUGCGUUAUCACAGGGAGACACUGGUCGCUCCUAGCAUGAGGCUCACGGAUGCACCACAGGAGGACAAAGAAAAGACCACAACACUCAUCGCACUUCAGAAGCUAGAAAUGCUGUUGGCAAGAGUGAGAGAGACUUUCAACACAGCUGAGGCCAGCUGUGUUGGUGAAUCCUGUUCGAGUCACAGUAAAGAUAAGGAAAUGGCCAUUGAGGAAGAUCCUUCUGUAUGCCUGGAUAACCACACUCCAAGAGAUAAAUGGAUGGGGCUGGGUGAAGAGAAAGAUGGAGGACUGAGUGGAGGCCCGGAAAAAGAGAAGGUGACUGAGGAUAAGACAAAAGAAGGGAAGGGAAAAAGAAGUGGAGGAGAGAGCGUGUCCCCCGAGUCCUGUCCUCCGAUUCAGCCAGGAUCUCCACAGUCCCCGGAAGGGGUAAUGAAUCAAAUUGUGGACUUUGUUCAUCAGAUCGCUGAAGAUUCAACCACUCAUGUUUGUGCAGUGAGAGAGCUCCUCAUAUGGCUUACUGAACAGGUUGUAUCAACACUGCCUGAUGACAUCAGACCCGGGCCAGACCUGUAUGGGGUGCCAUGGGAACCAGUCAUCAUCACCAGUGUGGUGGGGCUGGUGACAAUGCUGUUGUUCACCUGUAGAUGUUAUAGCUCUGUCAAAAGCAGAAUGUAUCAAGGUAAGGAACGGCGGAUGGCUGAGCAGGUUGCGCAGCUGCUGGAUGAGAAGUGUAAAGUCCUUGAGACUCUCAGCAAAUGUCAACAAGAGUAUGAUGACCUGGAGAGCUCACUAAUGGACAGUGGUGUCUUGGCCCAAACUCAGAAGACAGAACAUCUCGAGGUUAAAGCCAGACAGUUGGAACAUGCUAAAAGGGAGCUUGACAGGGAUCUGGAAGAGCUAAAGGAUCAACUGGACCAACAGAGAGAACACAGGAUAGAGCAAGAAAAGAGGAUUGCAGUGCUUGAAGAAAGCAUGAAAACAUUUGAAGAAGAAACCAAAGACCUCCAGUCACAGGAAGAGCAGGCUCAAACCACUCUGAAAGUGUACAAUAUGAACAGUGACAGACUACAGAGGAAUCUGGAAACAGCUGGAGAGGAGAACACACUGUUACAGGAGAGCAAUGCUCAGUUGAGGCAGCAGGUGGAGGGAUGGGCAGAAAGAGUAAGUGAGUUGGAGGCGGAGAUGAGCAGGUGUGAGGUCGCCCACGGGGGGAUGCUGCAGGAUGUGGCCAACAAGGAUGAGCGUAUAAUGUCCUUGACAGAUCGGCUGCUGAGCAUGAAAGCUUGGGAUUCAGAACUGGAGGAAGAGGAAGAUGAGGAAGGAGAAGGGAAGGAGGCAUCCAAUGGUACAGCAGGGAGAGGAAAGGAAAAUGGGAGAGGAGACAUUUUGGACACACAAGGCCAUCUCCAGAAAGUCCAGAAACUUAUCUAUGCUGCUAAGCUGAAUGCAGAUCUCAAAUCAGUAGAUGAAGACAAAGACCGAUUAUUUGCCAAACUGAAUGAUGAAGUCAAAGCUAAAGAAGACCUGCAAGCGAGAAUUGAGGAGCUGGAUAACGAGAAAUUAUCUCUGCAGUCGGACACUGAGCAGUACUCAGAUCAGGUUCAAAGAUUACAACAGAAACUCCAGAUUAUGACAGAAAUGUACCAGGAGAAUGAGCUUAAAUUACACAGGCUGCUGACAGUGGAGGAGAAGGAGCGCAUGCAGAAAGAAGAUAAGUUAAAUAAAGCCGACAAAAACAUUACUAUGGCCAUGGAAGAACUCAGCAACUAUAGACAACGAGCAGGAGAGAUGGAGGAGGAGCUGGAGAAAACCAAACAGUCUUACCAGACUCAAAUGUCAGCACAUGAGAAGAAGGCUCACAAUAACUGGCUGGCAGCCCGUGCAGCGGAAAGAGAGCUAGCAGAUAUCCGGAGAGAGAACGCCCUCUUCAGACAGAAGCUGACAGACACACAGUUUAAACUGGACGCCCUGGACAAAGAUCCCUACGCCUUGGACAGCCUGGCUAGACCUCUGCCUUUCAGAGCUGAAAGGUCACCAUAUGGUCCAUCUCCUCUGGGUCGACCUGCAUCUGAAACCAGAGCUUUUCUGUCUCCUCCUACGUUAAUGGACGGACCACCUGCUAGACUGUCUCCACGAGUGUCUCGAGGUCCAGUAGAGCCCCCAGGUAGCCACGGAGAGAUGGAGCGGAGUGGAGGUCCUCAUUCUGACAGUGGCUCAAUCUCUCCAACAUGGGAGAGAGAUCGUAGGGCCCCCCCACCAGGAGCCCCAGGUCUCUCAGGCUAUAUGUUCCCAGAACAAGGAGGUCCGAUGUACAGGAGACCUCCUCCAGGAGCUCUAGGCCUCUUGCCUCCACCCGGCCCCCUCCAUCCUAGGGGUCUCCCCCCAUUACCUCAUCACCCUGCAGACAUGGCGGAUGGCUUAUACAGAGAAAACAGCCAUGGGCCUGGUGAACAGGAACACAGAGAGUCUGGUCCUGGUGACCGAAGGACUCCCCCUGAAAUGGAUCCAAGGAUGGGGGGCGCACCCCCACCUGGACCCCCAAUGGGCCCCAUGGACGGUCCCUAUCCUCGUAGAUCCCCAUAUGGACCACCACCUCCUGACUUUUACCCUCCUAGGGGACCUGGGGGCCCUGCCAUGAUGCCUAUGUGGGCCCCUCCUCGUCCAGGGAUGAUGUUCCCUCCUCGUUUCCCUCCAGGUGGACCUCCUCAUCCUCACUUUGCUCCCCCCAUGCGGCCCCCUUUACCCGACGGCCACCUACAUCCUUCCAUGGGUCCUCCCCCUCCUCAGCAGUCUCUUCCCUCCCCACCACAAAGCCAGUCGCCAGAGGAGCACACACCCUCGUCUGAAGACGCCAUUUGAGCCUGACUAGCGUCCGUGCGUGCGUGCAUUUGUUUGU